GGCGGGAGUGAGGAGGAGGAGGAGAAGGAGAAGAAGCCUCACCGCCUUUUUCCUCCUUAAUAAUAAAUAAUUCAAUUUAUCUUCUUUUUUCUCUUGCAUCAAAAAUAAUAAAAUAAACAGCGGCGGGAGAGAGAAGAUUAGGUGCGGCGCGGAGUAGAUGUACCUCUUUUGGUGAAGACCUGCUGCUCUCACGCUCCCGUUGCUGUUCGUCUCCCUGAAGAAUGCCUUCACCACUCUUCAGGGUUAUGUUGGAUUCAAGCAAAAAUGGGCGGAAAUUGGCCUUUAUUCUCUAGGUUCUCCACAAAUUCAAGGAACCAGAGUCCAGCAUAAGACUUUUUGGACUGGCUGUAUGCAAAAUUUUGGGGAUCCUCCAAGAAGAGCUGUACUUGGCAUGCCAAUCUCACCUGCAUGAGAUUCUCCGAAAUGGCCGUGGCUGUUGAUCAACAUCAUGGAUUUAAGCCCUUCAACAGAUCCCAGAGAUGCAGGCUCCAAUCCUACACUCACAUCGAUCACAAUUUUCUUCAGCUUAGCCAAACCAAUCUAGCCCACUCCUUAAACCAAGCAAUAUUUGAAGGCUAUCACAUCCACCGGAGCUUAUCCACCCCAUGCCUAUCCAUCACCACCGCACCGGAGGAAGACUACUUCGCCGCCGACACCAAUCCCCGCAUCGAGAUUGUCGGCGGCCACGACGAUCCACGAGCACGCGCUCUCGUUGUCGAGGUCGCCGUAGCUCUCGCCUCCGGCAUCCAUCCCACGCCGGUGUCGACAGGGUUAGGCGGCACCUACUUCUUGCAGAACCGAAACGGCGAUAACAUUGCGGUGGCAAAGCCAGUAGACGAAGAGCCUUUAGCCUUCAACAACCCCAAAGGCUUUGCGGGUCGGAUGCUCGGCCAACCCGGCUUGAAACGCUCGGUUCGAAUCGGCGAAACCGGCGUGCGUGAGUUGGCGGCUUAUCUUCUCGACCACGGCGGCUUUGCCGGGGUUCCUCCGACAGCUCUAGUGAAAAUCUCCAACGUCGAUUUCCAUGUCAACAAUGGAGAUGAUGCUCGCGUGGCGGAUUAUAAGAUCGCGUCGCUGCAACGGUUUGUUCACCACAAAUACGACGCCGGAGAGUUGGGUUCUUCCAGCUUCUCAGUAGCGUCGGUUCACCGGAUUGGGAUUUUUGACGUCAGGCUGCUGAAUCUUGACCGGCACGCCGGGAAUAUACUUGUUAAGAAAAAUGAUAAUUCUGCGGAGCUUGUGCCGAUCGACCAUGGGCUUUGCCUUCCUGAGUGGCUUGAUGAUCCAUAUUUUGAGUGGCUGCAUUGGCCUCAAGCAUUGGUUCCUUUUUCCGAGCACGAAAUGGAUUACAUAUCGAAUCUUGAUGUGUUCAAAGAUGCCGAUCUUAUAAGAACUGAGAUUCCUUCUAUAAGGGAAUCUUCCAUCCGUGUGUUUGUUCUCUGCACCAUUUUCUUGAAGCGAGCUGCGACUGCCGGGCUUUGUCUCGCCGACAUUGCCGAGAUGAUGACUCGGGAGUUCCGCUGCGACGAGGAGAAUCUAAGCGCGUUAGAGAUUCUCUGUGCACAAGCGAAGGCGAGUUUGCCUGGAGAUGGAGAUCAUAUUAUUUGUUGUGAUGAUUGGAGAGAAGAAACGAGAAAAGAAGGUGAGAUGUUUCAGUUUGACGACAAUGAAGGCGAAGAAGAUACUUCUUUCACUGAGGUUCCUAAACUGUUGAAGAACCAUUUUGUGUUGCCUGAUGCUGCAGCAGCAUUGCCGCCGUUGUAUGAAGAAAACGACCCUUUUCAUGACAAUUAUGAUGAUAUCAAAGCAAAUGAAAAUGGCGGCGGCGACGAGAGCUAUAAGGUAGGAGGGGGGUUUAUGAAGAGCGUGAGUUUCUCAGUACCCAACCAUAACAAUGAAAGUGGAGGGAUUUCUUUUGAAGAGUUGAGCGAAGAUGAAUGGGAGUUGUUUUUGGAGGUUUUUGAAGAGCUUUUGCCCGACGUGUUUGAAGCCAAAACGUGCACCAGCAUCAGCAUGAGGCAGAGGUUGGGAACUUCUUGCAAGUUUUGAGGGACUUGGAAAUAUAUAAUAUAAUAUAAUAUAAUAUAAUAUAAUAUAUAACAAAAUAAACUUAAUUAAUUAAGUGUACAUUAUCUGCCUGAUGGCUAGAGUAGGUUGUAGAUAUAUAAAUUUUAUAGGGCAAGAAUGGAAAAGUGAUUGGUGAAAAGCCAUCCUUCCAUUUUAGGUACCUUAAUUUCACUAUAUUAUUCUUUCUUUCCAGAUAUAUAUAAUAUAUAUA